CCGGGGCCCGAGCAGUCCGCGGGGCCGCCAGACUCCGCGCUCAGGAGGGGGAUGGGGUGUGCGUAGUCCCACCCGGGAGCCCGGGAGCCGCCGCCGCCACCACGGGCGCGGAGAGUCGGAGCCCCGUUGCCAGCCCAGGGACCCGGGGCCCGGGCCGCGGGCCGAGGGGAGCCGGGAGGCAAGAGAGGAGGUCCUGAGCCAGCGGAGCGCCCUCCGAGAGGGCGUUCUCCCCGCCCCUGGUGCCUCGCCCGCCCGGUCCGCCCAGUGCUCUGGGAGAUCACCUCCACCCGUCACCUCCUCCUCCCCUCGUCCAGGUCCACCUGGGGCUCCCUCCCCCGGGCCGCCCCCGGACACGAAGUUGGCGGGAGCCUAUAAAAGCCGGUGACGGCGCGACCCGCGGACACACCGUGCUGGCGCCGGAGCAGCCACCGCUAGACCCGCGCCAACUCCUGCCGUGCCGAGAUCGGCUGCUCGACCAUGGCCCAUCACUGGGGAUACGGCAAGCACAACGGACCAGAGCACUGGCAUAAGGACUUCCCCAUUGCCAAGGGAGAGCGCCAGUCUCCUAUUGACAUCGACACCAAAGCAGCCACUCAUGAUCCUGGCCUGAAGCCUUUGUCUCCUUCCUACGAGCAAGCGGUUUCUCGGAGGAUCAUCAACAACGGUCACUCUUUCAAUGUUGAAUUUGAUGACUCCCAGGACAAAGCAGUGCUGAAAGGAGGACCCCUCACUGGCACCUACAGAUUGAUUCAGUUUCACUUUCACUGGGGUUCAUCUGAUGGGCAAGGUUCUGAGCACACUGUGGAUAAAAAGAAAUAUGCCGCAGAGCUUCACUUGGUUCAUUGGAACACCAAAUACGGGGACUUUGGAAAAGCUGUGCAGCAACCUGAUGGACUGGCUGUUUUGGGUAUUUUUUUAAAGAUUGGUGAAGCCACGCCAGGCCUACAAAAGGUCCUUGAUGCACUGGAUUCCAUUAAAACAAAGGGUAAGAGCGCCAACUUCACUAACUUUGACCCUCGUGGCCUCCUUCCUGAAAGCUUGGACUACUGGACCUACCCAGGCUCCUUAACCACUCCUCCUCUUCUGGAAUGUGUGACUUGGAUCGUGCUGAGGGAGCCCAUCAGCGUUAGCAGCGAGCAGCUGAAAUGAAGAAAAUGGCUGUUCCUCAGUAGGAUCCACAAGGACUUGGAUCCUGGAUAAUUUAAACAAAGUGACAGUAGCUGAGGGAGAAUUCCUGGACCAAAGAGAUCAGGUUGAAGGCUGUUGAUUUGUGGGCUGUUUUAUUACUGCCCAAACAACCCUUCUUCAUUUAGAUCAAGACUCGCUUAGGGAAAGGGAAGUACCCCUUUGCACGAAUAACCUCAAAGAAGUAGGAGGCUGGCUGAGGGCUGCCUGUUCCACAUUGUUGGACCCGGAGCUAAAACAAGGUUUAAGAGGAAUAAAGAUCAGUCAAUGUCAAGGA